CGGCCUGGGGCCCCGGCAGCGAGGAAGAUGGCGGACCCGGCCGAGUGCAACAUCAAAGUGAUGUGUCGCUUCAGACCUCUCAACGAGUCGGAGGUGAACCGCGGCGACAAGUACGUCGCCAAGUUUCAGGGAGAAGACACGGUCAUGAUGGCGUCCAAGCCUUAUGCCUUUGAUCGGGUAUUCCAGUCAAGUACGUCUCAAGAGCAAGUGUAUAAUGACUGUGCAAAGAAGAUUGUGAAAGAUGUACUUGAGGGAUACAAUGGAACAAUUUUUGCCUAUGGACAAACAUCUUCUGGGAAGACACACACAAUGGAGGGUAAACUUCAUGAUCCAGAUGGCAUGGGAAUUAUUCCAAGAAUAGUGCAAGACAUUUUUAAUUAUAUUUAUUCCAUGGAUGAAAAUUUGGAAUUUCAUAUUAAGGUUUCAUAUUUUGAGAUAUAUUUGGAUAAGAUUAGGGACUUAUUAGAUGUUUCAAAGACCAACCUUUCAGUUCACGAAGACAAGAAUCGAGUUCCCUAUGUAAAGGGUUGCACAGAGCGUUUUGUAUGUAGUCCAGAUGAAGUUAUGGAUACCAUAGAUGAAGGAAAAUCCAACAGACAUGUAGCAGUUACAAAUAUGAAUGAACAUAGCUCUAGGAGUCACAGUAUAUUUCUUAUUAAUGUAAAACAAGAAAACACACAAACGGAACAAAAACUGAGUGGAAAACUAUAUCUUGUUGAUUUAGCUGGUAGUGAAAAGGUUAGUAAAACUGGAGCUGAAGGUGCUGUGCUGGAUGAAGCUAAGAACAUCAACAAGUCACUUUCGGCUCUUGGAAAUGUCAUUUCUGCUUUGGCUGAGGGUAAUACGUAUGUUCCAUACCGAGAUAGUAAAAUGACAAGGAUCCUUCAAGAUUCACUAGGUGGUAACUGUAGAACCACUAUUGUAAUUUGCUGCUCUCCUUCAUCGUACAAUGAGUCUGAAACAAAAUCGACACUCCUUUUUGGUCAAAGGGCCAAAACCAUUAAGAAUACAGUUUGUGUCAAUGUAGAGUUAACUGCAGAACAAUGGAAGAAGAAGUACGAAAGAGAAAAGGAGAAAAAUAAGACCCUGAGGAACACCAUUCAGUGGCUUGAAAAUGAACUCAACAGAUGGCGAAAUGGGGAGACAGUGCCUGUUGAUGAACAAUUUGACAAAGAGAAAGCUAACUUGGAAGCUUUCACAGUGGAUAAGGAUAUAACUAUUACCAACGACAAACCUGCAGCCACAAUUGGGGUUACUGGGAACUUUACUGAUGCAGAAAGAAGAAAGUGUGAAGAAGAAAUUGCUAAAUUAUACAAACAACUUGAUGACAAAGAUGAAGAAAUUAAUCAACAAAGCCAGUUGGUUGAGAAACUGAAGACACAAAUGUUGGAUCAGGAAGAGCUUCUAGCAUCUACAAGGAGAGAUCAAGAUAAUAUGCAAGCUGAGCUGAACCGCCUUCAAGCAGAAAAUGAUGCAUCUAAAGAAGAAGUAAAAGAAGUUUUACAAGCCUUAGAGGAACUUGCUGUCAAUUACGACCAGAAGUCUCAGGAAGUUGAAGAUAAAACUAAGGAAUAUGAAAUGCUUAGUGAUGAACUGAAUCAGAAAUCGGUAACUUUAGCAAGUAUAGAUGCUGAGCUUCAGAAACUUAAGGAAAUGACAAACCACCAGAAAAAACGAGCAACAGAGAUGAUGGCAUCUUUAUUAAAAGACCUUGCAGAAAUAGGAAUUGCUGUAGGAAAUAAUGAUGUAAAGCAGCCUGAAGGAACUGGCAUGAUAGAUGAAGAGUUUACUGUUGCAAGACUCUAUAUUAGCAAAAUGAAAUCAGAAGUAAAGACUAUGGUAAAACGCUGCAAACAGUUAGAAAGCACACAAACAGAGAGCAACAAAAAAAUGGAAGAAAAUGAAAAGGAGUUAGCAGCCUGCCAGCUUCGUAUCUCUCAACAUGAAGCAAAAAUCAAAUCAUUGACUGAAUACCUUCAAAAUGUAGAGCAAAAGAAAAGACAGCUUGAGGAAUCUGUUGAUUCUCUGAGUGAAGAACUAGUCCAGCUUCGAGCACAAGAGAAAGUACAUGAAAUGGAAAAAGAGCAUUUAAACAAGGUUCAAACUGCAAAUGAGGUGAAGCAAGCUGUUGAACAACAGAUCCAAAGUCACCGAGAAACUCAUCAAAAACAAAUCAGUAGUCUGAGAGAUGAGGUUGAAGCCAAAGAAAAACUUAUUACUGAUCUUCAAGAUCAGAACCAGAAAAUGAUGUUAGAACAGGAGCGUCUGAGAGUAGAGCAUGAGAAGUUGAAAGCUACAGAUCAGGAAAAGAGCCGGAAACUACAUGAACUUACAGUUAUGCAAGACAGACGAGAACAAGCGAGACAAGACUUGAAGGGUUUGGAAGAGACAGUGGCAAAAGAACUCCAGACUUUACAUAACCUGAGGAAGCUUUUUGUUCAGGACCUGGCCACCAGAGUUAAAAAGAGUGCUGAGAUCGAUUCUGAUGACACCGGAGGCAGUGCUGCACAAAAGCAAAAAAUCUCCUUUCUUGAAAAUAAUCUUGAACAACUCACUAAAGUGCACAAACAGUUGGUACGUGAUAAUGCAGAUCUUCGCUGUGAACUUCCUAAGUUGGAAAAGCGACUUAGAGCUACAGCUGAGAGAGUGAAGGCUUUGGAGACAGCACUGAAAGAAGCCAAAGAAAAUGCGUCUCGUGAUCGCAAACGCUAUCAGCAAGAAGUAGAUCGCAUAAAGGAAGCAGUGAGGUCAAAGAAUAUGGCCAGAAGAGGACAUUCUGCCCAAAUUGCUAAACCUAUUCGACCUGGGCAACAUCCUGCAGCUUCUCCAACUCAUCCAAGUGCAAUUCGCGGAGGGGGUGCAUUUACACAGAACAGCCAGCCAGUGGCUGUACGUGGUGGAGGAAGCAAGCAAGCGUAAGCUUUUACAUGUGGCCACAGCUGUUGAAAGUAAUCGAAGAAAGAAGAGGGCAUGAUAUCGAGCAGUCAUUCAAAGGCUUUAACCUCUGCCCCCUGGGGACUGUCAAGUUAUCUUUUGUUGUUGAUGUUUUUUAUAUGUAUAAAUGGUCCUUGGCCUGUACAGCUCUUUCCUACUCACUCUUCUUGUAAACUCCGCUGCUUCCCAGCACAACCAGAGUGCAAUUUUGGCGUCUUAGGAGAGAAAACAGAUGGCAGUUUACAACUGUGGCCCUAUUUAUUACACAGUUUGUCUUUCAUGUCUUAAAUUUAGUCUUCACUGUGCCAAGCUAACUACCGUAUAGGAAUCUGUUUUUGUGCAUGUGUUAGGUUCAUUUUUAAAUCUCGGUUUAAAUAACCCAGCUGCUACUGCUGCCUGUUCUUCUCUUAUUAAAACAUCUUCCUUGUUUUAGGGAAAGUAGAAUGUAUACAUUAGAUGUCUUAAAUUUUACUACUAGCAACACUACAUGCCCAUGAAAUACACCAGGUCAGUACUAUAUUUUUAAUUCCUUGAAAUAACUAGGUUUAAUAUGCAUCAUCGCAGACCUUCUUUCUGAAAAUGACUGAGCACUAAAGCCUAGCUUAAGUAGGCCGUUGAGAGGGAAUAAGGCUACUUAAUUGUUAUCCCAUAAAAUGCCUGUUGCCAACUUAAUAUUGAGCAGAAAUAUUUUACAAUAUCCAAAGCAAAUCUUAAGUUCAAGAAGAGAGUAUAAAGGAGUUCUAUUUCUCCCUGAUUCGAUAACUUUUAUCUGGCUGAUGGACUCAAAAUACCCUACUUCAUUUCGGUGAGGCAGCUAGCUAAUUAUAAUUGGACAGGUAAUUCAAUUAUCAUCUUAAAUGUAUUGAAAUAGUGAGGGUAUAGAAUUAAACAUAAUUUUAUGUUAAUACCAUAAUGAGCUACAUCUGUAGCCUAUGGAAAUUGAGGGAAAAUGUAAAUAAACAGCACAAAUAUAUGGUGAAUACGCAGGUAUUUUUAACACAGACUUUAACUUCAGGCUUUUGGUCUGAAGUCCCCAUUGUGCUUUUAAACUAUUACAUUAAGUCAUUCACUAUAAUUUCUCUUUUAAGCUCAAGACAGUCAACUGUUUGCAGGUCAUGGUCCUUAUUAGUUGGGGGGUUUUUCCUCCUAAAGCCCAUAAUUAUGUAAUUAGAACUAUGUACCUCUUUUAGCCACAUUGUGAUUUAAUCAUCAGUUUAUUUUAGGAAGUUAUAAAAGUAAUAGAGAAAAUAUUUCAAUAUUUCCUUCAUCAGUCAGAGUGACUAACUAUAUUAGCAAAAAUUACAAGGUGGGGAUUUAAGGUUCUUCGAUCAGUAGCGAAACUUUUAAAGUUCUGUGUUAAGAUCUGGCUGGCAGGAUUAACUUUUUGGAAAAGUUUUAUACACAGAUAUUUGUAUUAAAUUUGGAGCCAUAGUCAGAAGACUGAGAUCAUAAUUGGCUUAUUUUUCUAUUUCCUUAACUGUUGUAAUUUCCACUUUUAUAAUAAUUUGGAUUUAAAAGAUAAAUUUAUUUAUUUUUUUAACAGUUAGAAAUCCUUGCUGUUGUAUUCUGCAGCCUUUAAAAUGAUUGUGUUGCUUUUAGUACUGAUCACAAUAAACACUCCAAAAAUUGAGACGAACCUUGGUACAGUAAGAUAGAAGUAAUGUGGUUAACAACAACCAAAAGUGCUACAGUGCACGAAAGAUAAUUUUCUAAAUGGAGAAACAUCUGGUUGCAUUCACACAGACAACUUUAUUUUCAAGUGAAAACUUACUUUUUUGGCAAUAUUCAUAAAAUGAAGCAGAACUUUUCUUUCUUCUUUUGUCUACAUAUGGUAGUUUUACUCCUGUAAGUAGUAUGACUGCGUCACGGAUAUUGGUGCUGUGUAACAAGAAGUCGUAACUAGAAUGUGGUUCAGAAUAUACCUUCUUUUAUUUUAAUAUCAUUAUGCUUAUUUUUCUGUUUCUCAUUUCAAACCUGUUACCAAGUAUAUCAUGACACUCAUAAACUUGCUUUCAUGGAGCUGUGCUGUCUUCGUGUGAUGGUAGUCAGUAAAUGGAACACUUACUCUUAGAAAUGAACAUUUCUGAUCAUAUACAACAGGGAUACUAUAGUUUUCAGUAUCUUUCUUUUUUUGACUGGAUAUCUUUACGGUCCUCUGAAUUACUAUUGAUAAAUGAUUCAGUAGAGAAACCAGAUGAAAUAAAAGUAAUAUUUAUUCAUGGUGAUCAGUUAAAUUAUUUGCCUAACUUAAGAAUGCUAACUACUGUGCAUAACUCUCGAUUUGACAUGAAAUGAUAGAGUCUGAGUCUACCUGUGGAACAUGCCGGUUACUUUCAGGGCUUGACGAUACAUUAAAAAACAUUGGUUUGGGGAAGACGCCAUAUAAUUUUAAGUUAACCUGCAUGCUGUAAAUGUGUUUUGUGUUUCAAUAAAAAAGAAAAAAUUUUUUGAA